AUGUUUCGAGCCCUUGCACGCAACCCGACGCGACUAGGACGAUCCCUUGCGACCCACGCUUCUGCUCCUCUUGAUUCCUCCCGCCGGACUUGGUCAAAGCCAGAAAUACAAGAACUUUAUGAUAGCCCCCUGCUUGACCUGGUUUUCCGAGCAGCAUCGGUCCAUCGCCAGCAUCACGACCCCUCGAAAAUUCAGCUCUGCACUCUUAUGAAUAUCAAAACGGGAGGAUGUACUGAAGAUUGCUCUUACUGCUCUCAGUCAUCGAGGUACUCUACACCAACAAAAGCCUCCCGUCUCGUUGAGCUCGAGCCUGUUCUUGAGGCAGCCCGUAAAGCGAAAGAAAAUGGAAGCACACGAUUCUGCAUGGGCGCAGCUUGGAGGGACCUCGCUGGCAGGAAGCGGGGAUUUGAGCGCAUUCUGGAAAUGGUGAGAGAAGUUCGGGGAAUGGGCAUGGAAGUUUGCACUACUCUUGGCAUGCUUUCACCCGACCAGGCUAAGCAGCUCAAAGAAGCAGGGCUUACAGCUUAUAACCAUAAUCUGGAUACCUCGCGGGAGUACUACCCUCAGGUCAUCACCACUCGCUCGUAUGAUGAAAGAUUGGACACCAUCUCAGCAGUUCGUGACGCUGGCAUCAGUGUGUGCUCUGGUGGUAUCCUCGGCCUGGGAGAGUCGGACUCAGACAGAGUAGGCCUCAUUUGGGAGGUCGCAAACAUGCCUGAACAUCCAGAGUCUUUCCCGGUGAAUGCGUUAGUUCCAAUUGAAGGAACACCGUUAGAAGGCAACGAACCUGUAAAAUACCAUAUUCUGUUGAGGACGAUCGCCACAGCGCGUAUUGUGCUACCCAGCACCAUCAUCCGGCUGGCGGCAGGUCGAAAUACAUUGGCUGAAUCUGAGCAGGCCAUGUGCUUCAUGGCCGGGGCCAACGCAGUCUUCACAGGCGAGCAAAUGCUGACCACUCCUUGCUCCCCUUGGGAUGAAGACAAGAGUAUGAUGGGUCGCUGGGGUUUGUCUGACGACGACGUUCAGGGAAACUGGGGGAACAAAGGGCGCCGAACACGUUGGUCCAGGAAGGGUAAAAUGACUUCUUGGGGACCGGGAGAGGGCAACUGGGAGGAAGAAGAGCAUGCUCGAAAGCGUAUGCGACUACUCCUCCCAGAAAGUCGUUCCCCGUCACCACCAACGCUGCCGCAUUUGGAACGAGCCGUGUCCCCUCCCUUCACAGCACCUUACCCACCUCCCAAUGUCCAACACACCAGCUAUACCGCAUUUGUUAUGGAUAAAUCCAUUACACAAACGUUUCGGUCGGGUCUACUUGACGAACUGGAGCAAUCAACAAACGAAUUGGUUGAAGGCGAGAGCAUAUUGCGGCGUGCAAUGGGCCGACUUUGGCAAGUCCUACGAGAAGAAACGGACGGUGGGAGUGCACCAGUUAUCAUUCCAAAGCGAGAAGAUGACGAGGACGAUUUGGAUGAGGUUGCCAAACGGGUCGCACGCGCUCCCGAUUUGACGCCAGGUGCCCAUAAGCUAUUCCUAUCCCAAACGGAAGGCCCGCCUGUCCAAGAACCCUCUCAUUUCACCACUCCAAUAUUGCAACAAAGGGACAACCUGGAGAAGUCGCUUGCCACUCUACGGGAGCUUCAAGACGAUGGUAGAGAGUACACAGAGAGAUUAGAGGAAAUAAGGGAAGGUUUGGGUGAUGUGAGGGCACAACGCGGUGUCGUUUGGACUUGGAUUAGGGAACACGCAAUGGAGGAGUUGCAGAAUUACAUUUCAGAGUACGAGUAG